AUGAGGGACAGCCCCCCCUCUCCGUGGCCCCCGCCGUUGGAACCUUGGAGGCUUGGGCUUAGACCCCACCGAACCACAACUUCAGAGCCCACAACCGCGCCUCGGGGGCUCUGUCUCUCCCUCCCAGGUCUCUCGCUGCCACUUCUGGUUGGCCCGGGUCUCGGGGAUGAAUGGGUCCGGGUCGUUGUGGAUCAAGGUAGGUCGUCUCCCUCCCCCGGGGCCCCCGCCCACACCACACCUAAUGUUGCCCUUACCCAGAAGCUCAAGCACGUCCAAGGGGGAAGAGGAUGGGAACCCAAAGGGAAGAAAAGAGAGAAGAGAGAGAGGGGGUCAAGCGGUUCACGCGAAUCAAGCCUCAAGGACCGUUGUCUAGCAGUUUUACAGGAUCAUUAUCUAUCUACGAGAAUUAUCCACCAAGAAAGCGGGAAAUGUACUGUCCAGCCCUCACCCAGAUUCCAAUCUGUGCGAUAA